AUGUCAUCUCAAUAAGGGUUGGUAAGUAAUGAAUAAACCACAAAUCGAUCAGAUAUCAGAUAAUAGACUGGAUUAUUUCAGAGUUCAAAUGAAAAUAGAAGUGAAAUAGUCUCCUAAGUUCUUCUAUAGAAAAACGAUCCAUAAAGCCUAAAUACACAAUAAUCAGUAGUUAGAGAAAAUAGACAACUUCAAUAAAACAAUUAACAAGCACCAGAAAUGGAGAUUUUGAAUAUUAGGUAAGAUAAUCCUGAAGAAGGAAGGAUAAAUAAUGAAUAAAUUAUAGAUCAAGCUAUGCCUUAAUUACAACAUGAGCACAUGGAUUCUUUAGUCGAUCUAAUUGACCUUAUAAAUAGAAAAUUUAACGAAGUUAAAAGAUCCUCUUCAAAAUAUAAAUAUUAUACUAAAAUUAUAUUUUAGAUACUUGUUUAUAUUUCAACAAUAUUGGAGCUAAUAUUCACUUUAAAUUAUGGGAAUGUAAAUAACAUUUCAUAAUAUAAAACAUAUGAAGGAUUGUAUUAUUUUUCAAUAUUCCUAACUAUAUUACUACAUAUAUAUGUUUGGAUUUACACAUAUAAAUAUAUGAGUGUGUAAAGACAUCAUCUUUGUUGGGAUCUAUUGAAUUAUUUCUUCUAUGCAAUAGUAGGAAUCUUAAGUUACGUAAAAUUGUUACCAUUUAUUUUGUUUUACAGUAGAAACAAAGAGAUUUAAUAGUUUUCAUUCAGUUAGAUAAAUAAGUAUUUAAUAAUGACAAGUGAAGAAAGAUCAGGAAAUCCUUCUGGGUUGUUUAAAAAAAGAAAUAAACCAGUAAAUAUUUUUAGAGAUCUAAUAUUCCAUCGUAUUGCUUUGAUUUCCAUGAUGAUUACCUUUUUAACAUAAACAAUUCCAAUGUUAUUUAUAUAAGGAUUUUUAAAUGCUUCAACUGAAAGAUGGAAUGAUUUUAAUAAUUUCAACUAUUUUCUUUUAAUAGCUAAUAUCAUUUACUAUCUAACUGAACUUUAAUUUAUUGUAUUUACAACUACUUAUCGUCAAAUAACAGUUGAUAUUUAAGAGAAAUUACAUAAAAUCGGAAUUUAAAAAAUUCAAGAAACAAAAUAACUACUUAAAGCAGAUGAAUCUUAUCUUGAAAAUGUAAAAUCAUUUUACUUUCAAGUAGAUACAAGUAGAUUAAAUGAAUAUGAAAAAAGAAGGUGUAUAAUUUAAAUAAUUAAAUUUAUUUUAAGAUUAAAUGCUUAAAAUAUAAUUGCUAUUACAAAUAUUGAUUCAUAUGAUUCAAUAACAUUAUAAUAUUUGGCAAAUGCUCUAUACCAUAUAGAAAUCAAUCGGAUCAUAUUAUGUUAUAAAUAUGAUGGUAGAUUAAAUGAAUUAUAAAAUACAUUCUAAAGAGUUUAAAACUGUUAAAUAGUUUAAGAAGAUAUGAUCAAUUUAGGAUAAAUUUGGAAUAAUGAUAAACAAGAAGAAACCUAAGGUGAAAUUAAAAGGUAGACAGUAUAAGUAAGCACUCAAAGAUAAUCAAAUAUAAUGGCUUAGAUAGCAGGACACAGAAACUAACAGAUUUCAAAAAUAUUCUAUUUGAUUACUCCAGAUCAAUAGCGGCAAUAAAUUAUGUUAUCUGAUACAUUAAAUAGGUAGCUUACAGGAACUGAACAAGAAAAAAGAGAAAGAUUCUAAUAACUUUGGGGUUAAAGAGAAGAUUUAGAAUAAAUUAGGUAAUAAAAUGAAAAAAAUAUAAAUUAAAUUACUAAACUUGUAAUCCUUUAAGAAUAAUUAGGAUGUUUUAAAAAAUUAGCUGAUUGUUAUGUAUAUUACGAAAAAAUUAAGAUGAUGAACGUUUUCUAAGGUAUCUUAUAAACUAUUAUAUCAUUGCUGAAUUUAACAUUUUAAAUAAUGCAAUACGUAUAUUUCAUUUAAGUAGAAAAAAAUGGAUUAAUUUGGGCACUUAUUGUAUUAUAGAUUUUAAAUCCUAUAUUAUAAUUGAUAUCAUUUGCUAUGUUUUAUGUCAAACUAUUCAGGAAUUCAGCUAUUUAUGAAUCAAUUUCAGUUGUUUUUCUAUUUUUCAUUUUCAAUCUCUUAAAGAUUUGGGAUUUAGUUAUGAAGAUCAUUUUCCUUUGCUUUAGAGUACAAUUAGAAAAUAUUAAUAGAGAUUUGCUUUACAUAAAUGUCAAGGCUUACAUUAGAUUUAAGAGUUAUGCAGCCAAAUUUAAAGAAAGUAUUGGAAUUGUUGUUUUUAAGUAUCCAAAUGCUGCUCUUGAUGAAGAAAAUUUAUGGGUAUUCUCUAGAUCUCCAAUCUAUUAAGCUAUUAUAUGGAGAACAAGUGUAGAUGAAGCCUUAAAUAAAAUUCCUUAGUUUUUUAUAUAUAUAUUAACAACAAAUAAGGAUUAUGCUUGGGGUUUUUCAAUUGUAAGUAGUGUAAAAGAUGGUGUAUUUGCAGUGAAAGAUUUAUUAGCAGUUGUUGUUAAAGAUUUCUUUGUACCUGCUCUAAUAUUAAGAAAAGUAUCUGUUGAUUAGUUUUUUUAAUCGAUGUCUUAUUUGAGUUCAACUUCAGAAUCAAUUUUAUUAGAAUAUCCAAAAUCAUUUGCAAUAGUGUCUAAAUUAGAUAGAUUUAUUUUAAAUUAAAGAAAAUAUAAAAUUGAUUUCACGCAAUUAGAUUAUUCUAACUUUGAAGAGAAGAGAAGGGAAAGGUUACAGGCUUAAUUUAAACUAGUAUUAGUAAAUAUAACAUCAAGUAUGGAAAUCCUAAAAGCUUAAAAAUUUUUAUAUUUUGAUGAAGAACUUAUUACAAUAUUUAAAUGUUUAUAAGUGAGUGAACUAAAAUAAUUAAAGUUAAAUUUUCAAUUAGAUGAAAUUGCUCCAGAAAAUUUUUGGCUUUUAAAUAUCAUUUUAUCUUAUUGUCCAAAAAUUCAACUUUAACAGUUGGAGAUACAUGUUGAAACUAGAAAUGCAGUUUAUCUUAAAUUUAAUGUAGAAAGAAAAAAAUAAUUAACUGGUUUUUGUUAUUCCUACUAUUAAAUUAGAGAAAUGAUAAGAUAAAAUUAAGUACAAAAUGCUGAAACCAUUAUAAUUAAUGAAAAUUUUCUUAUAUUAGAUAGAUAUGAUUUUUAAUAAUUUUAUCUGGAAGUUGGAGGAUUUAUUGAUUUAACAAAUUGUUAAACAUUUUUUAAUAAGUUUAUAUAAGUCUAAACACUUGAAAUAUAACUAUAAUCUGAUCGUAUGGAUUAAAUUUUCAGUUUAUAACAAAAUAUUAAAAGUCCUAAUUUAAGGAAAUUAGCAUUGAAUUUAUAAAAUAUUGAAUUAAAUACAGUAGGAUAUACUUUAAAUAACUUAAAUGAGUUUAAAUUAACUUUAAUAAAUUGUAAAUUUGAUCAAAAAGAUUUACAAAGACUAUUGCUUACAAUGAAAACUACCAAUGGAUGUAUAAUUCUGAAUUUAAGGUAAUAAUAGUAAUAUUUUAGAUAAGCUUAUGCAAGAGAAAAUGAAAUGCAAUAAAUGAAUAGGAGUAUAAUUAGAUCAUAGAGAAGUGGGGAUUUUAGACUUAAUAAUUAAGAGAUGUUCAAUAUACAGCAAUAACUUUCAUAAAGAAAGGUUAGAAUGAUUUAUUUAUGGUGA